CUCAGUUCAUGUCAAGACCUGGAUGAUCACUCGUCAUCAUGGAUCUGAACAUUAGUUGCUGUUGGAAACGGCUCCUUCUGUUCUCUCUCCUUGUCUUUGUCAAUGGACAAACGUCAGGGCCAUGUUUCACGGUGACAUUUCCUGCAGUGAUCGAGUCGGGAUCUGAGGCCAAACUGUGUGCAAGUCUUCUCAAGCCCAAUGAAAGCCUUGUCAUGAACAUUUAUGUGGUUCAUGGUGACCAGAGCACUUUACUGCUGCAGGAGAAAGCUGAGGAAGAGUUUCACCGCUGCUUUAACUUCAAGGCUCCUCUGGUAGAAGCAGAAUCAGUGCAGAGAAUGAAGGUAGAACUUCAAGGAGAGUCUUUCAAGAUGACUGAAGAGAGAAAAGUCAUGUUCAGAUCUUACCAUCCUCUGACCUUUAUCCAGACUGAUAAACCCAUCUAUAUUCCAGGACAGACAGUUCCUGCAGUGAUCGAGUCGGGAUCUGAGGCCAAACUGUGUGCAAGUCUUCUCAAGCCCAAUGAAAGCCUUGUCAUGAACAUUUAUGUGGUUCAUGGUGACCAGAGCACUUUACUGCUGCAGGAGAAAGCUGAGGAAGAGUUUCACCGCUGCUUUAACUUCAAGGCUCCUCUGGUAGAAGCAGAAUCAGUGCAGAGAAUGAAGGUAGAACUUCAAGGAGAGACUUUCAAGAUGACUGAAGAGAGAAAAGUCAUGUUCAGAUCUUACCAUCCUCUGACCUUUAUCCAGACUGAUAAACCCAUCUAUAUUCCAGGACAGACAGUGAAUUUUAGAGUUGUUACCAUGGAUAAAAACUUUUCGCCGCUUGAUCAUGAAUUAAACCCGGAAAGCCAUCAAGGUGUGUACAGACUGAAGGCUUAUAUUGGUGACAGGAUGAUCUCACAUGAUUUUGAGGUGAAAAAAUAUGUUUUGCCUAAGUUUGAAGUUACUGUUACAGCACCAGAGACAGUGAGCAUAGAUGAUGAGUUAAUGGCAGUUGAGGUUUGUGGAAAAUACACGUACGGGCAGCCUGUAUCUGGUAAAUCAUGGGUGAAAGUGUGUCGUGAUAUUCCACGCUACUCUCACAGGCGUGACAAACACAGUCCAAUAUGUGUGAAUGAAACCACUGAGAUGAAAAAGACAGGCUGUGCCAUCCAUACCUUAGAUAUAUCUACCUUUUUAAACUCAACAUAUAAUGAUCGACUAGAAAAUUCUCUUCAUGUUGAAGCAUUUGGUGCAGAUCUGGCUCCUGCAGUGCAGAUUCUGGCCUACUGUGUUCUGCCCAGUGAAAAUGUUGUUGCUCGUAGCACAAAAUUUGACAUUGAAAAGUGUUUCAAAAACACGGUUUCUCUGCAGUUUUCUCCUGCUAAAGCAGUUCCUGGUGAGAAAAACACUCUCCAGCUCUCAGCUCAGCCUGGUUCACUGUGCGGCCUCAGUGCUGUAGAUAAGAGCGUCCUGAUCCUGAAGCCAGGAGAACGUCUGGAUACUGACAAGAUCUUCAAUAUGCUGCCAGUGCAAUCAGUGUCAAAUUAUCCUUACAGUGUUGAAGAUGAGCAGGAGUGUCUGCAUGUGAGACCCCGUCAAGCUUUAAUGACAGACAAUGCCUAUGAAUCCUUAAAGAGUGUGGGGCUGAAAAUGGCAACAAAUUUGGCUGUGCGAGUCCCUAAGUGUCUGUCAUACAAGGACUUGACUUAUCACAGAUAUGAAGAUAUAGCAGAGUAUGAACUAUCAUAUGACAGUGGCGUAGCAUUGGAUUUGAAUUAUGAAGAUUCUUCAGUUGAAGUGACAGUUCGUACUGUCUUUCCUGAAACAUGGAUUUGGCAGCUUUCUGCAGUUGGUGACUCUGGAUCAGCUCAGGUUCCUGUCACAGUUCCUGACACUAUCACCUCUUGGGACACAGAGGCCUUCUGUCUGUCCUCCAAAGGUCUGGGUCUGGCUCCUCCUGCUCAGCUGACAGUUUUCCAGCCCUUCUUCCUGGAGCUCUCUCUGCCUUACUCCAUCAUCCGUGGGGAGAUCUUUGAGCUGAAGGCCACUGUCUUCAACUAUCUGUCCAAGUGCAUCAUGGUUAAAGUGACUCCAGCUGCUUCCUCAGACUACACUCUCAAAGCCUCCUCUGAUGAUCAGUAUUCAUCCUGUCUGUGUGCUAAUGGAAGAAAAACCUUUAAAUGGAUCCUCACUCCUUCUGUUCUUGGAGUCUUGAAUAUUACAGUCAGUGCAGAGGCAGAGGCGUCCCAGACUGUGUGUGACAAUGAGAUUGUGAGCGUGCCAGAGAGAGGACGCAUUGACACAGUCACACGAAGUCUGCUUGUACAGGCUGAAGGAACUGAGAAGACAGAGACCUACAGCUGGUUACUGUGUCCAAAGGGCGACACUCUCUCAGAAGAAGUGGAUCUGACUCUUCCUAAAGAUGUGAUAGAGGGAUCAGCCAGAUCCACUGUUUCAGUCAUUGGAGAUAUAUUGGGUCGUGCACUGAGCAAUCUUCACGGAUUAUUACGGAUGCCGUACGGCUGUGGAGAACAAAACAUGGCUGUUCUUUCUCCCAAUAUUUACAUUCUGCAGUAUCUGGAAAACACAGAGCAGCUCACCUCAGCCAUCCGAGAGAGAGCCACCGGCUUCCUUAAGAGCGGAUACCAGAGACAACUGAACUACAGGCAUAACAGUGGUGCAUACAGCACAUUUGGACACGGUGAUGAGAAUACAUGGUUGACUGCCUUUGUCCUGAGGUCUUUUGGCAAAGCACAGAAAUACAUAUUUAUUGAUCCACAAAUUAUUCAGAGUGCAAAGGAAUGGUUAAUAAGCAGACGGGAUUCAGACGGCUGUUUUAUCCAACAGGGAAGAUUGUUUAACAACAGAAUGAAGGGUGGGGUGAAUGAUAAUGUGACCAUGACUGCCUACAUUACUGCAUCACUGCUUGAACUGGAAACUCCAGUCACAGAUCCUGUCGUCACUAAAGGUUUGUCAUGUCUGAAGUCCGUCAUUGAGGAUGUCAAAAACACUUACACCACUGCUCUGCUCGCCUACACGUUCAGUCUGGCUAGAGACAAGCACACUCGACAGCAGCUUUUCAAGAAACUGGAGGAUGUUGCUAUUUCAGAGGGGUCUCGUCUCCACUGGUCUCCGUCUGCAUCUGCUGAUGACUCUGAUUCUCUGGCAGUGGAGAUCAGCUCAUAUGUGCUGCUACUUAGAACAUCCUUUGGUUCAGGAGUAAUGUAUGCUCAGAAGUAUUUGGAGCGGGUUGACACAAAAGAAGACCAUGUCAUAGUUUAUUUAACAGAGAUUCCAAAACAUAUUUCUAUGAAUUACAAGAUGCAAAUGAAACAAGUUCUUCCAGUGAAGAAUCUCAAACCAGCAGUGGUCAAAGUGUAUGAUUACUACCAAACAAGUGAUCAGUCGGAGACGGAGUACUCCUUCCACUGUCAAUAAGGUCAUGCACUUCAGUUCUGCAGCUCAUAGUACAAUGACACAGAAUACAGAAU